AUGCAUCUGGAAUACACGUCCAACGGAAGCAGCAUACUAUGUACUAGAGACCUGGAGCUGGCUACAAAUGUCACCGCCAUGAAGAUACCGCUGCAAGUCUACCACGGGAAGUUGUACUGCCAGGUAGAGCAUGGUGAAGAACAAGACUGCAGUGCUGCAGCAAGUAGCCUUGACCUGGAUAUGGGUCUUCUGAGCGUCUCUGAGGCUCGCAGAUCCAGAAUCAACAUCACGAAUCCAAAUCCGGUCAAUGUGACCAUUGAGAGCUUUAGCUUCAACCAUCCUAGCAUCAGCCUGCACAUGGAUGGCAUCUACAGUCCACAGGGACAGCAGAUCCGCCAAUCCAGGCCGAUUCCUAGGCAGUCGCAAACAAAAAAAGUUUUGACGCUCCAGGCCGGCCAUCGCCUCGCCUUGACGCUCGAGGUGCUGGCUCAGGAGCCGACCACUGCUAGUGCACCUCCAGUGAAUGCCAGUGUCACUUUGGUCACCAAACGUGGCGAAAAGAUCGUCAUACGGAUCAGGUACGAGAGUGUUCUGGGCAGCCUCAGCUUCUCACCAGCCAGCUUGCGCUUUGAAGCAUCGUUUCCAGGGCAGGUGCAAAGCCGUGUUGUGGCAGCCCGCUCUACCUUUGAGCAGCCUUUGCAGCUCAAUGCAGUUCGCUCGACGGACAGCCGGAUCACCCCGGAGCUCCUGACCAAGACUUUGAAACCUUUGGCACGGACCGAGGUUGUACGUGUGUAUUACGACCCAGCGAAGGCGCACUUUGACUUGCUGUACUUGGCCUCUUCUCCUAGAACCUCGACUGCGGAGGCCCCGUCCAUGCGAAGUGACCCAAGCUCUUCACAUGGUGGCAAGAUCGUGUUAACAAAGCUUGAUUUCCUGGAGAAGUGGAUGGCUCGCCAGAAUUCAGUCACAAAUUCCAAUGGUAGAGGCACAUCCGAGAUUGAAGCCACGUUGAUCUUUGACACCAACAUAGUUGCGGGUGCCACUCUGACUGUACAGGCGUCAUUGAUGCAGCCGCACUCUCUAUUUGAACCACUGCUGUCUUUCGACCUUACUCAAGUCGGUGCUACAAAGACUCGUUGGUUGCUGGUGCAAAAUCCGUCCGAGUCACCUUUGGCUCUACAACUCGUUUUUCCAGUGUGCUCAGCCACAAAGUCCCGCUCCAGCACGGACAACCAGACUGCAAGCUCUUCAGCAUCGUCAGCGCAGGAAAGCACUUCGGCGAGCCUCGCCGCCGACUGUGCAGGUGGUAGGGCCUUCCGCCUAGGGGCCGAAGCCGACGCCAAAGUUUGGCACGUGGAGCCUCUUGGCGAAGCUUCUGUCGGCCCAAUCAUUUUCGAGCCCUUUCAGCAUGCGCAGUACCGCACAACGCUGUACGUGAGAAACAACCUCACCGCGCUGCAUCAAGUUGAGCUCAUUGGCCACGGUGGCUCCAGCCGUCUAGUGUUUCCAGAAGGGGUCUUGGCACCUCGGCGGCCAAUAGUAGUUACCGACGGCAUCAUGUCAUUCGAAUGCAUUAGCGGCUUUCCGGCAGCAAGUGUUCUAACGAACGCCCUUACACACUUUGAAUGUCCAUGUUGCAUCUGCUCAUCGGAUUGA